AUGGAUAAGAAUUCAAGUUUGUGGAAGAGCCUGGUGGCUGAGCACCCAGUCUGCACGGCCUGGAAGCAAGAGGCCGAAGGCGCCAUUUACCACCUCGCCAGUAUCUUGUUUGUAGUAGGUUUCAUGGGCGGCAGUGGGUUCUUCGGGCUCCUUUAUGUCUUCAGUCUGCUGGGGCUGGGUUUCCUGUGUUCCGCGGUCUGGGCGUGGGUAGACGUCUGCGCUGCUGACAUAUUUUCCUGGAAUUUUGUGCUGUUUGUGAUCUGCUUCAUGCAGUUUGUUCACAUUGCAUAUCAAGUUCACAGCAUAACGUUUGCCCGAGAAUUCCAGGUGCUGUACAGCUCGCUUUUCAAGCCCCUCGGGAUCCCUUUGCCCGUCUUCAGAACGAUUGCUCUCAGCUCUGAAGUGGUUUCUCUGGAAAAGGAACACUGUUAUGCCAUGCAAGGGAAGACGUCUAUUGAUAGACUCUCCAUGCUUGUCUCCGGAAGGAUCAGAGUGACGGUUGAUGGCGAAUUUCUGCACCACAUCUUCCCCUUUCAGUUCCUGGAUUCUCCAGAGUGGGAUUCUCUAAGACCCACAGAGGAAGGCAUUUUUCAGGUAACCCUCACAGCAGACACUGACUGUCGGUAUGUGUCUUGGAGGAGAAAGAAACUAUACCUGCUCUUCGCUCAGCACCGCUACAUCUCCCGCCUGUUUUCUGUGUUGAUUGGCAGCGACAUUGCGGAUAAACUCUAUGCCUUGAAUGACAGGGUAUACACUGGGAGAAAACAUCACUAUGAUAUUCGGUUACCCAACUACUAUCAAAUGUCAAGUCCAGACUUGUCCAGAUCACCCCUAACGGAACAGUUCCGCAAUUCCAGACAACACUGUAACAAAUGA